AUGACGGCAAGUGGCACUUCAAAAAAUACCUAUGCCUAUCACUAUCAGGUGCAGGUGCAACUGAAUGUGUGGAACAUUGAAAAAAGUGUGUUUGUCCUGUGGAAUGAAAAGGACAUUGUAGUCGACUACAUUUGGAGAGACAUCCAAUGUUUUAACAAACAAGUUCAGAGUGUAAAGCAUUUCUAUGUAACUGGUGUUCUUCCCGAGCUGGUAGGAAGAUGGCUAUGCCGGAAGCCAGUUGAAUCAUCAGAAGGAGGAGGAGUGAGGAUUCCGGAAGCAGUGCCAACAGUAGAGAGGAGCGACGGUGAAGGGGGCAGGGUAUGGUGCUAUUGCGAGAAGCCAUCAUAUGGAGAUAUGAUCGGGUGUGAUGGGAAAAACUGCAAGAUCCAAUGGUUUCACAUGGACUGCCUGAUGAUUCGCGUCCCACCAAAGGGCAAUUGGUACUGUCCCCAUUAUAGAAAGAAGCCAAAGAAUGGAGGGAAGUUCAAGUCGAAGUAA